CUGAAGGGAUGAUAACAUUACAAGUGUAUAUACGCAUAUAUGUGUGUUCUGAAAUAUACUUCCUGUUAAUAACGGAUAAAAUAUGGUCUUCUUUGAAUGUUAAAGCAUGUUAAUUCAAAUGUCGCCAAUGAAAACUUGAUCCGGUCGGUUUUGAUAACAAGUUUGUGUAUUUAUGUUUAAGAGAUUAAUUUUGUUUCAAGUUCAUUUAAAAUAAAACGGUUUUUGAACAAAACGUGCGUAUUUGCGGAUGACGAGUGUAAUGACUUGAAUUUUGCUAAUUAUAAAUAAUUUCAAGUAUAAUCCUAUUACAACAAUAAACGUGGAAUACACUCGUGCAAAAAAAAACACCCAGCAAUCAUGUUUGGAAUAAUGCUGAACUGGUGUGUCUUAUGGUGUUGGUAUGCUUGGUUAAUAUAUGGCUAUAAUGUAGAACUGGAGAAAGUUGGUAUUGCCAGGGGAGUACCAGGCUCACAGUUUGGAUAUGCACUCGGAAUGCUGAAACCUGGCGGAACACCAUAUUUUGGACAAAAACUCGUAUUGCUCGUGGGAAGCCCAAAUAUGACGGUCAAUAAUACCAUAGCCCACGGGGAAGUAAGCGCGUGUGAAAAUCUCAACAUGAAGAACAUAGUGUGCACAAAAUUGAACGUAACUGACGGGGCGCUGGGGCCAAGCAAAUGUGACCGUCUUCGAGAGACAGACAAGAAUAAAACAAUUUGUGAAACAGACAGUAGACUAGGGGCCACUAUAGCCAUCAAUAAGAAAUACCGCGAACAACCUGAAAACUACAUUCCACUGGUGACGUGUGUGGGUAUACCGGUAGUCACCGAGGUAUCUAAAAAUCAACGGGGAACAAAAUAUGGGGCGGUAGUGGCUGCAGUAGAUAUUGACAGCAACGGGACCCAUGAGCUGCUUAUCGGAGCCCCGUUGUACACGAGCAAAUAUGCAGAUGAGGGACGAGUCUACAUCUAUACAUCAGGCGACAAUGACAAUUGA